UUAACUUCUGUUGCCUAACAAAUUUGUUUCGCUAAAAUGGAAGAAAUGCGAUAUGCCCAUUGUGAUGGGCACACUGAUAUUUGCUAUGAUGAUUCUGGAAACUACAUUAUAACUUGUGGUACAGAUGGAGAUAUAAGAAUUUGGAAUGGCUUUGAAGAUGAUGAUCCACAAUCCCAUCAAAUGGGAAGUAGCGUGUCAGCUGUUGCUUUUAAGAAAGGUUUCAUCUACUUAUCAGCUGAUAGUUUCAAAGUAUCUGCAUAUACCUUUCCAGAAGCAGAAUUUGAUCAAAUUGUAGCCCAGUUCAGUACAACAGUAUAUCAUAUAGCAUGCAGUUAUGAUGGAAAACUAAUUGCUUCUGGUGGUGGUGAUUUCAUCAUAAAGGUUUUUGAUACAUCUGAUAAGUCAUUGGCUGAAUUUAGAGGUCAUGAUGGCCCAAUAUUAAGUAUAGCUAUUGAUCCCAAAGGAAAAUAUUUGGCAUCAUCUGGUUGUGAUGGUACAGUUCGUGUCUGGCUCUUAUCUAGUCAAGAAUGUGUAAAGACUUUAAAUUUGUUUAAAAAAAGUAAUGACUUCAAUACAUCAACAACAUUGUGCCGAUUGUCUUGGAGUACUGAUGGGCAGUUUUUAGCUAUUCCUGUUGAGACAGAAGUCUGUUUUUAUCAACGAGACACAUGGCAAUCAAAAUUUUCACUUUCUGAUGCGUGCAUUACAAAGACUCUUUCCAUUGUGACAUAUUCUCCUUAUGGGAAAUACCUUGCAGCUGCAUCUAUGAAUGGACAGAUGCUUGUUUGGGAUGUAGAAACUAAGAAAUGUGUUUCCAGGAAACUGCAUGAAAAAGAAUUGGCUGUUUGUGGUCUUGCAUGGCAUCCUUCUGGGAAGGAAUUAGCAUUUUGUGAUAUUGAGGGCCAGAUGGGAUUAUAUUCCAGCCCACUGAAUUCCGUUCCUGAAAAAAUUAUUGAUGUUCAAGAUAGUUCUCAACCAGCCAGUGAAGAUUUUGAGAUGAAUGACCUUGAUACAUUAGUUGAUGGGGAAGCUGUUGAAAUUGAUGAUGAUAAUGCAUUUGAUAUUGGAGCCAUUAAAGCUUCCCUUGAGCCAAAAAUAUUUGGGGAAGAUUCUGAGGAUAUUCCCGAGAUAAUAAAAACAGAGCCAGAAACAAAAAUCCAAAUUGUCGAAGCCCCCAAACCACCUAUUCAAAAACCUUUUCAACCAAGCUCAACACCUGUAAAUUUAGAUCGUCGUUUUAUGUUAUGGAAUAAUGUUGGCAUAGUUAGAUGCUAUGAUACAGAAGAAGAAAAUUCCAUUGAUGUUGAAUUUCAUGAUGCCACUGUCUAUCAUCCUUUACAUUUAAACAAUAUUCAUAAUCACACACUUGCAGCUCUGUCAACUGAAGCAUUACUUUUGGGUUCACCAAAAUCAGAUGAAACUACAAGUAAAUUAGAGUGUCUACACUUUGGAACCUGGGAUUCCAAUAAGGAGUGGAUAGUUGAAAUGCCAGAGAAUGAAGAAAUAGAGGCUGUUGCUUUAGGUGAUGGUUUUGCUGCUUGUGUUACUGACAAGAAGUUUAUAAGAUUAUAUACAAUAAGUGGAAUUCAGUGUGAAGUAUUCCUGAUGCCUGGACCUGUUGUUUGUUGCACAGCUAGAGGCAAUCAGUUGCUAGUAGUGUUUCAUAAAGGACUAGGAAUUGAGGGUGAUCAGUGUUUAAAUAUGAUGAUUGUCAAAGUUAAUCUUGAAAAGCACAGCAGUGUGAAAGAAUGCUUUCUUCCUCUUAGCUCCAAAUCGUUUUUAAGCUGGCUUGGCUUUACUGAUGAAGGAACUCCUUGCAUAGUAGACAGCUCUGGAAUACUUUCAUUGUUGAACACAUCUUGUGGUGUUAAAUGGAUACCAGUUGCAGAUACAACAGCUAAUAUGAAGGGUAAAUCUAACACUUAUUUUGUUCUUGGACUGUCUGAAAUAAAACAAGAAAUCAGGUGCAUUUUGUGUAAAGGUUCCAAAUAUCCUUCUUUAUUGCCUAGACCCAAUAUUGCUGUUCUUCCAUUUUCAUUACCUUUCUGUGAAAUGUCUACGGAUAAAGGAAGAUUAGAGGAAGAAAAUCAGAGGUAUGCCAUAGCUCACAAAUGUAUUGAAAUAUUGCUGAAAGAAGGAUUUGAUCUUGAUUCUGAAUCAAAUGCAAUUCAAAAGAAGCGAAUGGAUGUACUGUUGAAGAUGUUUGCUUUGGCAACAAGAACUGAUAGAGAAUUCAGAGCAUUGAAUGUAGCAGAGUUAAUGCCUAAUCCUGUAGCUGUUCAAGGAGCUAUUCGAUAUGCUACUCAAAGGCAUCGCAUUGCACUUGCAGAACGAUUAGGAGAAGUUAUGAGUCAGAAAAUGGCUAAAGAAGCUGAACCUGAAGAAGAUGAUGAUGAAUUUGAUCUGCCAUUCAGUGAAGAUCUAUCAACAUCUCUCAUUUCUGGAAAUACAUCAAUUCCAAAUUUGAGUGUUCCUUUGAAAGAGGCUUCAGUCUUAAAACCCAAGCCUCUCUCUAGAAUGAGAAGUAGUCAAAAUUCAGGAAAAUAUUCUGAAAAUUCUGACAACAGUCAACCUGAUGUUGAUGAGGAGAGCAGUGCAUGUUCUUCCAAAGACAUUUCUUUACAUGCGAAAUCUUCACCACAUACAAAUCCUUUCAAGAGUAAUACCAAACCUCAAGCUAAGAAAACGGAAAUUGGAAAUCUCAAUGGCAUUGAUGAAAUACUUAAUAAUAGUAUGAAUUCACGAAAUUCUACUGGAAACUCGAGUGAUAAGGGGCUUUUGCAACCAAAAAAGUCCAGAUUUUCUACAAAGAAAAGCAUUGCUCCAAAACCAUCUGUUAAUGGUGCUGUGGAGAAACAGAAAUUUGGUUUUGAUCUUUACCUGGAGGAAAACAGAGAAGAUAUUAAAGCUGCAGCACCACCUGAUGUCAGUGAAACAGAAUUGAUUAAAUUAGCCAUGAAAAUGUUUAAAGAACUUCCAAAAGCUGAAAAACAAAAAUAUCAAAAAAGCUCUACUUCCAAUGGCAUUACUGAAACAAAAAAUGAAAGUCUGCUAAAUGAUGGAAAUGCAUCUGAUGUGAAAGAAAACAUUUGUGAAGAAUUGUCAGAAAGUCCAAAAAGUUCAUCAGGAAAACGCAAAGGAAAUGAAGAAACAUCUGAGGAAAUUCCAGUCAAGUCUAAAAAAAUAAAAACUGAUAAGUUAUCGGAUACCACAAUCAGAAAAUUAACUCAAUUUGCUUUCACAAAAACUCCUAAAUAGUAUUGAUUUUCAAAUAUAUUCUCUGUAUAUAAAAAAGUGCCUUUAUAUGUUUCAGCGUUUUUAUUUAUUUUUAUACAAUAAAAGUAAUUCUAGAUGGUGUAAAUGAAUGUGUGAUGCUGAAUUAUUUUUUUGU